CUUAUUCUGCGGCCGAGGAUUAUAUUUAUAUACGAACUGUCCCGUUGUCGCAGAGGCUCCACUCGGGCACUGGCACCGGAGGGUGGUUUUCCAAAUUACAGGUUUUAAUUGCACCUGCCCUACAGAUUACCUCUGGGAAUCUGUGGGAGGAGCCAAGAACGUGGAAAAUGUUGCUUCGCUUUGCAAAAGGAAGAAAACUUUGUCACCCAGCGGGAGACCUCGGCCACGCGUAACCGGGCGAGCGCAGAGCGGGGAGCGGCGCUGGCGGAGUUCGCAUCGAUGACUCCGUAGGAGAACGAGGACUCGAGCUACCUGUUCCACCCUCCCUCCCGCGGAAGUCCCCACGAGGUGUCUUCAGGGAGAAGGACAGUAAAAAAGAGCGCGCGGCCCCAGUCCGACGGCAGCGGCGGGGGGAGGGAAGGAGAGGACCGAAUCCCAGGGACUAGUCACCCGGAAUUAACUUCUGCUUAGAGUUAUGGGAAGCGCGGCCAUGGACACCAAGAAAAAGAAAGAUGUUUCCAGCCCUGGCGGGAGCGGUGGCAAGAAAAACGCCAGCCAGAAGAGGCGUUCGCUGCGAGUGCAUAUUCCAGACCUGAGCGCCUUUGCCAUGCCGCUGCUGGAUGGGGACCUGGAGAGCUCAGAAAAGCUGUCCUCCCGUAAGGUGGACAGCCCCAUCAGCUCGGGAAGCCCCUCCAAAGGGCUCUUCUCCAGAGGCCCCCAGGCCCGGCCCUCCAGCCCUGUGUCUGCUCCCGUGAGGCCCAAGACCAGCCCUGGCUCUCCCAAAACUGUGUUCCCGUUCUCCUACCAGGAGUCUCCUCCGCGCUCGCCACGCCGCAUGAGCUUCAGUGGGAUCUUCCGCUCCUCCUCCAAAGAGUCUUCACCCAACUCCAACCCCUCUACCUCUCCCGGCGGCAUCAGGUUUUUCUCCCGCUCCAGAAAAAGCUCUGGCCUCUCCUCCUCUCCAUCGACACCCACCCAAGUGACCAAGCAGCACACGUUUCCUCUGGAAUCCUACAAGCACGAGCCGGAGCGCUUAGAGAAUCGCAUCUAUACCUCCUCUUCCCCUCCUGACACAGGCCAGAGGUUCAGCCUGCCCUCCUGCCAGAGCCCGUCCAGGCCUCUGCCGGUGUCCCCAACUCACUAUGCGGCGCUGGCGGCGGCCCCCGGACCCGCGGAAGCCGGCAUGCUGGAGAAAUUGGAGUUCGAGGAAGAAGCAGUAGAAGACUCAGAAAGUGGCGUUUACAUGCGAUUCAUGAGGUCACACAAGUGUUACGACAUCGUUCCAACCAGUUCAAAGCUUGUUGUCUUCGAUACUACUUUACAAGUUAAAAAGGCCUUUUUUGCCUUGGUAGCGAAUGGUGUCCGAGCAGCACCACUGUGGGAGAGCAAAAAACAGAGCUUUGUAGGGAUGCUAACAAUUACAGAUUUCAUAAAUAUACUACAUAGAUACUAUAAAUCACCUAUGGUACAGAUUUAUGAAUUAGAGGAACAUAAGAUUGAAACAUGGAGGGAGCUUUAUUUACAAGAAACAUUUAAGCCUUUAGUGAAUAUAUCUCCAGAUGCAAGCCUCUUCGAUGCUGUGUACUCGUUGAUCAAAAAUAAAAUCCACAGACUGCCAGUCAUUGACCCUAUCAGUGGGAAUGCACUUUAUAUACUUACCCACAAAAGAAUCCUCAAGUUCCUCCAGCUUUUUAUGUCUGACAUGCCAAAGCCUGCCUUCAUGAAGCAGAACCUGGACGAGCUUGGGAUUGGAACAUACCACAACAUUGCCUUCAUCCACCCGGACACUCCCAUCAUCAAAGCCUUGAACAUAUUUGUGGAAAGACGAAUAUCAGCUUUGCCUGUUGUGGAUGAGUCAGGAAAAGUUGUAGAUAUUUAUUCCAAAUUUGAUGUAAUUAAUCUUGCUGCUGAGAAAACAUACAAUAACCUAGAUAUCACGGUGACCCAGGCCCUUCAGCACCGUUCGCAGUAUUUUGAAGGUGUCGUGAAGUGCAAUAAGCUGGAGAUACUGGAGGCCAUUGUGGACAGGAUCGUCAGGGCAGAGGUCCAUCGUCUAGUGGUGGUGAACGAAGCUGACAGUAUCGUGGGCAUUAUUUCCCUGUCAGACAUCCUGCAAGCCCUGAUACUCACCCCAGCAGCUUUCCACAAGAGUUCACUGUCGAAUUCAGACUGUCCAAAGGAACUUAAGUAUCUACGCAGGCAUCUAAUGAGUGCCAAACAAAGGGAGACGGAAACAGAAUGACCACCGUGAAUGUAGAUGCCCUCAUAAGAGAACUUGAACAAAGUUUCUGGGUCACAUUUUGCCUCAUGAACACUGGCUGCAAUAGAACAGAGUAAAAUGGUUAAGAAUGUAUAUCGGGGUUUAAUAAUGGGUAUUUUUUCCAGUGAUGUUGAAACUAAACAUAAAAAAGAAAGAUUUUUAUGUGCUUGAAGAUUCAGGCUUGCAUUAAAAGACUGUUUUCAGACCUUUGUCUGAAGGAUUUUAAAUGCUGUAUGUCAUUAAAGUGCACUGUGUCCUGAAAUUUUUAUUACUUUUCAUUUCAAAGAAUUCAUUGGUGUCGGACAGGUGAUGUGACAUAAGGUGGGCGCACGGCGUGCUCGGAUCUCAGUGCCUUAUGUCCGGACACAGCAAUACGCCAUCACCCGCCCACUGCAGCUGGAGCGCACACGUGUGGAGCCAUGCCGAGCUUGAGUGUGGAAGUCUUUGAACCUUUUACCAAAUCAGUUUGUUUUCAUUAGAUUUGUCCAAAAGUUGUAAUUUGAAUAUAAGUACUUUUAAAACUUUUAACAACACUUUUAUGUUUAAGUGUUUUGUUCUAAGCUACUGUGUAAACAGGGCUGCUUUAUAACAGCUUUAUUUAUUUUUACUUUCAUCCAAUUUUUACACCUCUUUUGGUGGUUAAACUUCACCAGAUCCAUUAAUAAACUCUCAGUUGUUAUUUUUAAAUGGCAGAUUUCUCACUACUUAAGUUGGGGGUUUUGGGGGGGUUUUUUUGCAGUUUUUGGCCAGGGCUGGGUUUGACCCCACCACCCCCGGCAUAUGGGGCUGGCGCCCUACCCCUUUGAGCCACAGGCGCCUCCCCACUACUUAAGUUGGGAUCUGGAAAGGAUAUGAUUUUUAAAAUAGCCACCGUUGGGUUUUAAAAGCAGAGGUUUCUAAGAGCACGUGGGGAGACAGGCUGUGGUCAGGAAGAAGCCAAGUGCCGGGAAGAUGUCUAUUUUUUUCUUGUGUAUUGAAAUGUAAAAUCAUGAUCUGUGUAUGAUUGCUGAUGCGAUUGUUUUUGUAAAUUUCAUUGUGGCAUAUACAGUAUUGUCAUCUGGUUGAAGAGAAACAAUGUUUCUUGAUGUAAGUGCUCUGAAAAUGUUGACACUGUAUAUACAUAUGAGGAUGGUUUGGUUUUUUGUUCUUUGGGUUUUUUUUUUUUUUUCAGAUUGAAAAAUUAAAAUAAAUCCUGCUAUCUA